CACAUCUGCUGUGAUCAGCUGGUCAUGGGCUGUGAACGAGGAAAGUCCAGUCGUUGUUUUGUGUCAAGCAGGAGAAUGCACAUCUCUCAGCUGAUGUCAUGCACUGCAUUUGAUUUGGCGUGCAUCUAGCAGAUAUCCAGAGUAUACAUUCACCGUCUCCUUCCUACGACACAGUUAUGGAGUGGACGAUGGAAUGGCUGAGAGAUGUGUACAGCCGACUCAACCAAGGGGUGACGUGGCAAGAUGUGGGCGUGUACUUGACAGUCGGGGGCAGCACAUGGCUUGUGUACAAGGUGCUUGUCAAGCCCUUCCUCUCCCCGCUCAGACAGAUACCCGGCCCCCCGUACAAGCCGAUUGUGGGGAACAUGUUUGAUGCCCUCCGAGCAGAACCCAUGAGCAACACCAUAGAGUGGAUGAAGACGUACAAGUCUCGCAUCAUCCGCUACUACUUCCUGUAUGGCGAGGGGCGUGUCCUGGUUUCCGACCCUGACCUUGUCAAGUACAUCAGCGUCACCAACAGCAAGAACUAUAGCAGACUUUCAUCAGGUUCCAGCAUCCGGCGUCGUCUGGCUCCGAGUUUUGUGUUAUUCACGGAUAGAGAUGAGCAUGUCGCCCUCAGGAAGGUCAUGAACCCAGCUUUCUCACUCAACACAGUUGAAAGCUUCCUACCAACGUUUGUGAAACACACAGAGAAGGUUGUCGCCAUGUGGGAUGCCGCCAUUGUACAGAAGGGUGGCAUGGCUCAGGUGGACGCUCAGAUGGUGAUGAUGAGGCUGACUCUAGACCUGAUCUGUGAGUGUGGGUUUGACUACCAGCUGGAUGCUGUGGAGAACCCUACAGCUGCUGGAGUCCAGAGUUUCCGAAGAAUACUUCAGGGCAGUAGAAUCAGACUGAUGCAGAUGAUUCCAUUCUUCCGUUCACUUCCAACCAAGGAGAACCGUCAGCUGUGGCAGGACAACAAGACAUUUGUGUCGGCCAUCACAAACAUGGUCAGCAAGAAGCGGAACCAGCUGGAGAACACACAGCUGGGGCAGGGAGUGGAACAUAAGGGAGACCUGCUGUCCAUUCUGUUCCAGGCAAAGGAUGAGGACGGCAACUCUCUCCAGGACAAAGUGAUCUUUGAUCAGAUUGCUGGGUUCCUGUUUGCUGGAUUUGAGACCACCAGCACCUUGCUGACGUGGACACUGUUGCUGCUGGGAGAGCACCCUGCCGUCCAGGACAAGCUGCGGUCAGAGAUCCAGUCCCUGCUUCAACCCUCUUCCGGUCAGCUGACCAGCAAGAUGCUUGACAAGAUGACCUUCCUUAACUGCGUGGUGAAGGAAUCUCUCAGAUUGUAUCCACCAGCAUCUGCUGUGUUCCGCCGGGCAAGAAGUGAUGACAACCUGGGAGGCUACUUCAUCCCAGCUGGGACCAUCGUUGGCAUCGGUAUUGGAGGCCUGCACAGACACCCUGAGAACUGGGAGGAUCCGGAAACCUUCCGACCUGAGCGCUUCCUCCAGGAGGUCAACCCAUACAAAUUCCAGCCAUUUACUGCGGGCCCUUACAUGUGUAUUGGGCACCGCUUUGCCAUGACAGAAGCCAAGGCAAUUCUCGUUACCUUACUGAACAACUUCAAGUUUGACAAAGUUCCUGGCUAUAAAUACAGAAGAGUGAGAUACCUGACCGUACAGCCACACCCACCUCUAGUGCUGAAUGUGUCACGUGUGUAACAGCUGAACACACUCACCUGUAGUGAGUGAGUUUUAGUUUUACACCACACUCAGCAAUAUUCCAGCUAUAUGGUGUAUACUCAGGAUCUCUCCCCGUCAAUAUCCGGGACGUACACUGUGUCACAGCUCCCUUGGCUGAAACACAGUAGGCCCGAGGUUUCUUGCGAUACAACAAGUUUCUAUUGUGAAUUACAGCUUUAGACCAGUGAGUUUAGUUUUACGCCGCACUCAGCAAUAUUCCAGCUAUAUGGCGGUGGUCUGUAAAUAAUCAAGUCUGGACCAGACAAUCCAGUGAUCAACAGCAAGAGCAUCGAUCUGCCCUAUUGAGAACCGAUGACAUGUGGCAACCCGAUCCCGCUAGUCGCCUCUUACGACAAGCAUGGGUUACUGAAGAUCAAUAUUCUAACCCCGGACCUUCGUGGGGUUACCCACCUCUAGUGUGGAAUGUGUCACGUGAGUGACAGCUGAACACUCACACCUCUUGUAGUGCUGAAUGUGUCACUGUGGAAGAGGAGGCAUCAUAAUGCAAAUUUGGAUGGUUCUCAUGAAGGAUUAUCUGUAUGUUCACAGAAUGCAGUACACAGAUCUCAUCGAACAUGGCUGAUGUCUGUGAAACAUGAAUGUAAUUUCUUUUCUGUUUUUGUUUUCAUGCAUCCAAGUGACAUAACUCAUAUUCCACUCAUGGUCAGUAAACAUGUAAUAUAUGUACUUGUUACAUUUAAUGUCAUGUUUACUUUCUUCAAAUGACAACCAAUAUUUAUAAUGUAAUGUGAGGCUGUAAGGUGGGUUAAACAUGACUGCUAUGUCAAUGUUAUGUGUUCAGAAGUGAUUUAGUUUUUGUUUUUGCAUUAGAAUCUCACCAGUAUUACUUCGACUCAAACUACCAGUGAAGAUUCAUCUUAGAAUUGGUCUUCAGGAAACCAUGUUUGUAAGAGCAACUAAUGAGACUGGUGGUCAGACAAGCUGACUUGUUUGAUGCAUCUCAUUCUAUCCCAGUUGUGCAGAUCAAUGCUCAUGUCAAUCACUGGAUUAUCUGGCCCCGACUUGGUUGAUUACAGACAUGUAAUAUUGCAGCUCAAAAGUGGAAAUAUAAUUGUCAGAUGGUACAAGAAUAUUUGAAGUUAUCUUGUAUGAUCAUUCAGGAAUAUGCUCAGCAGGAACAGUUUUACACUGACAUAUUACUAAUGUAUAUUUUGUAUGUCUCCUGAGAUGAAACAAAGAUUCCACCUAUUAUGACCUCUCAGGGAUGAUUAAUGCUUGUAAAUACUCAACAUCUGCAACAAAUAAAAUAUUUAUUUUCAACA